UUUGUGUGAAAUUUGAAAAGUUUUAAAAAAUUUAUAAAUUAGUGCAAAUAGUUUUAAAAUGUUUAUAAAGAGUGAUUCUAGGUCGUUGUGUAUAAGAAUUCAUAGAAAUUAAUUAAAAAACAAUUUAACAACUUUUUGGUGUAAAAAUUUGCUGUAACCGGUGUUUUUGAAAUCCGCCAAAGUUCUCAAUGCCACAACACUUGGUAUAGCAAAUCAAAAUAUUGGUCUCUAUGACUAUUUCCAACAAAGAUUAAACCAUUUUCAAGAUAAUUAUGAAGCAGAUUCUUUUAAUAAAGACAAAAGAGCAUUGACCCGAAAAUACAGUCCAUUAUAUGAUGAAUUUAAAAGAAGAUUAGACAAUUUCAAUGCAGCCAUACUUAUGGAUAAAGAUGCUCAAACAUUAGCCAAUGAAAAUUUAUAUAAAGGUGGCAGUGAUUGCCUGUGUGCUUUGGAAAAUAAGUCAAAUGAUAAUGAAGAUAAAAUGCGUUCAAAUCGUGGCUUCUUUAAAUAUUUUGGAUUUGAUAGCAAUUCAAAAGAAAAUGAUAAAAAUAUCGCAAAAAUAACAAAAUCACAUAAAGUAUCAGCAAAUAAGGGAGAAAACAAAUCUAAACAGAUAGGUCGUGGAAAAUCCAAAGCAUCUUUCAAAAUAGAAGACAAAGGCGCUUUAGUUGAAGUUAAACCGGGAACAUUAUAUGAUGAGUACAUGAAACAAAUCGGAAAAAUAAUCGAUGUGCAUAUUUCCUAAUACAUCUCUAUUGUACGAGUAACAAAUCGUUUCCCUUUAAAAACCACUUAAUUAUUUUUUU